GCGGCCCGGCGGGGCUGGCGGGGGCCCUUGAGGUGCCCUGGGGCCCUUAGAGGGCCGCCUUUAUAGCGCGCGGGCUGGGUAGGCGGCUGCGGCCAGGAGGCGUGCAGGGUAGGGAUGUCGGAGCUGCCUACCGACCUGGAGCAGGGGCGCCCGGAGCAGAGCGCGCGGGAGCCGAGGCGCGCCGGCUUCGUGCUGGGGCUGGACGUGGGCAGCUCUGUGCUCCGCUGCCACGUCUAUGAUCUAGCAGCGCGGCUCCGUGGCUCCUCCGUGCAGAAGGUAGAAAAUCUUUACCCUCAAGCUGGCUGGGUUGAAAUUGAUCCUGAUGUUCUUUGGCUUCAGUUUGUUACUGUAAUAAAAGAAGCUGUCAAAGGGGCAGGAAUACAGAUGAACCAAAUUGUUGGUCUUGGCAUUUCAACACAGAGAGCUACUUUUAUUACGUGGAACAAGAAAACAGGAAAUCAUUUUCACAACUUUAUUAGUUGGCAAGACCUAAGAGCUGCUGAACUUGUAAAAUCUUGGAAUAGUUCUCUUCUAAUGAAGCUAUUUCAUAGUUCCUGCCGAGUGCUUCACUUUUUCACUAGAAGUAAACGACUUUUUGCAUACAGUUUGUUCUCUUUUACAACCCAACAUACUUCUUUGAGAUUAGCCUGGAUUUUACAGAAUCUGAUUGAGGUGCAAAAGGCAAUUGAAGAAGAAAAUUGUUGCUUUGGGACUAUUGAUACCUGGUUGUUAUAUAAACUCACAAAAGGUUCUGCAUAUGCCACAGAUUUUUCAAAUGCUAGUACAACUGGACUUUUUGACCCAUAUCAGAUGUGUUGGAGUGGGUUCAUUACCUCCCUGCUAUCGAUACCACUCUCUAUCCUGCCUCCUGUGAAGGACACGAGCCACUAUUUUGGAUCAGUGGAUGAAGAGAUAUUUGGUGUGCCUAUACCAAUAGUUGCCUUGGUCGCUGACCAGCAGUCAGCCAUGUUUGGAGAGUGCUGCUUCCAGACAGGUGAUGUGAAAUUAACCAUGGGAACUGGAACAUUUUUGGAUAUUAAUACUGGAAAUAACCCUCACCAUACUGUUGGAGGCUUUUAUCCAUUAAUUGGGUGGAAGAUUGGGCAAGAAAUUGUAUGCUUAGCUGAAGGCAAUGCAGGAGACACUGGUACUGCCAUAAAAUGGGCUCAAAAAUUAGAUCUUUUCACAGAUGCUGCUGAGACUGAGAAAAUGGCCACAAGUUUGGAAGAUUCUGAAGGAGUUUGUUUUGUUCCAUCUUUUAGUGGAUUACAGGCUCCAUUACAUGACCCCUGGGCAUGUGCCUCUUUCAUGGGUUUGAAGUCUUCCACCAGUAAAUACCAUCUCGUACGAGCAAUAUUGGAGGCAAUAGCUUUCAGAAACAAACAAUUAUACGAGAUGAUGCAGAAAGAGAUCCGUAUUCCUGUAACAAAAAUUAGGGCAGAUGGAGGAGUUUGUAAGAAUGAUUUUGUCAUGCAGAUGACUUCAGACUUGAUUAAUGAGAAUAUAGACAGACCUGUCCACAUUGACAUGUCAUGCUUAGGUGCAGCUUCUUUAGCUGGUCUUGCUGUUGGGUUUUGGACUGACAAGGAGGAACUAAAGAAAUUAAGGCAAAGCGAAAUAGUUUUCAAGCCACAGAAGAAAUGUCAAGAAUAUGAAAUGAGUAUGGAAAACUGGGUCAAAGCUGUGAAACGAUCCAUGAAUUGGUAUAAUAAUACAUGACACUAAAUGAAAUGAUCGAAACCGUGGAUAACUGGUUUAUAUGAUGUGCAGAGGAAACAAAGCUCAGGGAUAACGAACAUGACGAUGACAGAUUUAAAAAUGAACUUCACAGCCUGAGAGAAAAAGCUUUGCUUUUUAAAAAAACAAACAACUAUUACUUUUUUCCCAAACCUUGGUAAGAUUGUAAGGAAGGCAGCAAUACCUUAAAACUUUAUUUCUUCUGUUUUGUAGCAAAUUCCAAAGGACAUUAGCCAUUUUCAACCAUAUUUUGACAAUAUGGGCCCUUUUCUUUUUUAUACUGGGUCGAUGGAACAUAGGAAUGUAACAGUUUACCAUCUGAGCUGAUAGUUCUGGGUCAAGCACCAUUAACAUUGUGUUCCAAAAUUAUGUGGAAAGUAUUUCUUUAAUUCUUUAACAUUAAGUGGGCUAUUUGAAGUCCUAAAGAGAAAGAAUAACUGAGAAGAUGUGGACUUUUGAAAUAUUAAUAUUUUAUAGUUAAAGCCAUAGUGUUUCAAUGUUGUAUCCAAAUAGGAGCUCGGUAUGUCCCUCUCAGAUAAGCUUAUUUGUUAGUGCUUUCCUUUAUUGAGCUUAAAGCCACUGCCUUAAUUUUUUCUUGUUCAGCCAAAAUCUGAGCCCUCUUUAUAUGUUGAAAAACACUGAAAAACUAAUUUUAGUUAAUGAAGUAAAAGGAUGUUGAUUUUUAAGGAAUAGAAAAAGACCAUUUAUUUUCCUUCUCAAGUAGCAUUUGUUUCAAAAACUUCUGGCUAGAGUGUAACAUUCUGUUUUUUAUAGAUUGCAAGCAGUUAACAUAAAUCUUGCCUUUCUUCUGUUACCUUUCCUAGUUGUUGAGAAGCUUGCAUAAAUGUCUUUUGUUUUUAUUAAGUGCCUAAUUGCUAGAGCUUAGUUUGAAGAAAGUGCCCAAAUUUACUGGUGACUUAA